CUAAAAUUAAAUAAAUUUAGGAUUUAAAAAAAAAAUGCGUUAGUUAACUUGUGGAGUUGCAAAAAAAAAAAAAAAUCGCUUGCACCUCAAGUUCAAACAAACGACAGCAUUUUUAAGAUUCAAGUCAACCAUGAAAAUCACUCAUAUAAUCAAAAAGGUUUUCUACAGUGAUGGAUCAACACCAUUACCAAUAAAGAUUUGUUUUGUUUUGUUCAUAAUUUGUCUUUUCAAUGCUAUUUCUGUGACAUCAGUUUUCUCAUAUCUUCCUCACCUUGUCAAGGAUUUUGGAUCCACUGAAGUUGAUGCAGGAAGAAAAUCUGGAAUCGUUGCAUCAGCCUUGUUUAUUUCCAGAAUAUUUAGCAGUUUGUUAUGGGGCUACGCCUGUGAUAAAUUUGGAAGGAAAAUUUCCCUUCUGUUGUCUGGAGGAUGCAUUACAAUUUCAACACUUAUGUUUGGAUUUUCAUUUAACUACCCCUGGGCUGUUGUAACAAGAUUUUUACUGGGUUUAUCUAUGGGAAUUGAUAUAAUUGCCAAAGCUUUUAUGUCAGAUAUAUGCGAUGAUAGUAACUUAGCAACUGGUUUGAGUGUAGCAUUCUUAGGCUACAAUGUAGGACUAGUAAUUGGCCCUAGUAUGGCUGGGUUCUUAGUUUUCCCUGUUGAGACAUAUCCUAAGAUUUUUAAAAAAGGUUCCUUUUUUGAUACUUUUAAAAUAUUUAUUCCAAACUUCAUCAUUGUUCUUGGGAUGACCUUGGCAUUGCUUGCUUCUGUUUUCAUCCUUCCAAAGGAAACUUACAAUGAUAGAGACUUGGUUCUGAUUGAAGAUAAAAAAGACACUUCUAUGUUUAAUAUAGAUGCAUAUCUCAAUUGUUCAGUUGAUCUAGAAAUGCUUGAAAAAAGUAAACAUUUAGAAAGUGAAUCAACUAGAUUAAUUGAUUCUGAGCCUUCCAAGAUAAAAAAAUUGUGGAUAUCAUUAAAAAUGAGUAGUUUUGCUAAACUGUUAAGAAACAAAGAUUUCCUUCUUUCAUCUACUCUCUAUGGAUUCCUUACUCUGUUUACUAUUGGUUAUGAAGAUUUAUUUCCAGUUUUUGCUUCAACUUCUAUUGAUUAUGGUGGUCUAGGUAUGUCAACAUCUGAAAUAGGUUUACUUUAUCUAUAUGUUUCGAUUACAAUGUUUAUUUUACAACUUGUUCUUGUCAACAAGAUGAUAGACAGAUUUGGUUCAAAAAAGAUAUUUAUAUCAUCAUCUCUCAUAUUUGGCUCUUUAAUGCCUUUUAUACCAUUGAUUAGCGUUAUAAAAAACAAAACUCUUCUUCGAGUUAUCUUGUGGAUUAACCAAGUAUUUGUUCGCGUUGCUAUGACGUCAGGUUUUACAGCUGUUAAUAUUUUCAUAAACAACUCUGUUGAGUCAGACUUAGUUGGUUUAGCUAAUGGUAUCGGGAUGUGCACUUCGUGUAUAGGAAGAGCUAUAGGACCCGCAAGUUUUGGUAGUCUUUUUACAUGGUCUUUGGCAAAUAAAGGACUUUCGUUUCCAUUCAACCAGUAUUUUUGUUUUCUUUUGAUAUUAGUUAUUACAAUUGCAGUGUCGUUAAUAACUCUUUGUGUUCCUGAAAGCUUAAAUAAAAAGAAAGUAAAGUCCGUGCAAAAAUCGACUGUUACUGUGACAACUAGUGUUUUUGAACCUUGAUUGUUAUUUUUCUUUUGUAUUAUACAUUGUAUAUAAAUAAAUUUUUAUACAAGUUA